UUUCAUUUUUCUUGCGCGCCAAUCUGAAUAUAAAAGGUUUUACGUAUUAAUUUACAGUUAUUUGAAGUGUAUUUUAUCCAUCCCUUUGAAGAGACUAGAAAAUUGCAAAAUAAUGUCGGAUCAAAGUUCGCUUGAUAGCAUUUGCGAAGAUGUGCGUCCGUCCUUUCUACGUGCGCGAGACCCUUCUGUUGAUCGUUGUUCUCGACCACGGCCCGAACGCCAAGUGCGACUUUUUGAUGAAAUACAGGAAGAAGGCCAGAGAGAUUACUACAGCGAUGUCGAACUCUCGACUGACGAUGAAGUUUCCACAGCGCAAAGUGAAGCGAGCAGUGAUCCGAGCAGUGAUCAGAGCAUUGACUCCAAUAGUGCGUUAGUUUAUUUACGUUUAAAACCUGUAUCACACAUUUCUUCAACUUACAAAAUUAAUCAUGCGGGAAAUGUUCUUGUUGCCGGCCCACCAAAUGAUACCGCAUCAACAAGUAACAAUAAGAACAAAAUGGAACAACACUACAGUUUUUCAGCUGUGUUUGAUAGUACAGUGAAACAGGACGAAGUGUAUCGAAUUUGCAUUGCACCACGCAUUGAAAGCGCAGACAGCUUCGUAGUACUCACAUAUGGAACGUCGGGAUCAGGCAAAACUUUUACAUUGUUGGGUACCCCAAGCGACCCCGGCAUAGUGCCGCGUGCUGUCGAAAAUGUGUUUCGAUUGAAUGCGUCCAACAUCUACCCACAACCAGCUAUGAAAUUGGAGAAAGCAAAUACCUGUAUAAUGGACGACAACGAAAUAGAGCGCGAAGAAAACAUACGUCAAACAUUACUAGAAUGUUGCGCAGGAAUGAACGCGGAGCACGAGCUAUUGGAGAAAACAAUAAAACGUGAUCAUGAAUUUCAAACUCUAGAGCAAGAUGAAGUGUCUGUCUUCAUAUGGAUUUCCUUUGUAGAAAUAUAUAACGAAAUCGUUUAUGAUCUGUUGGCGCCACCACAGACAAGAGGAAAUCAACAAAUGGCGCCUCCACAGCGAAAAGGGCUCAAAACAGUCAUAAAUGAUGGCAAAGUUUUCUUACAAGGACUGACCUCAGUAUAUGUGAAGUCUUCCGCAGAAACCCUAAAACUACUUCAAUGGGGACUGCAACGCGUAACAUAUGCUUCUACGUCGAUUAAUGCGAAUUCGAGUCGUUCGCAUUGUAUAUUUUUUAUUGAUGUCAUAAAGUACUACGGCUCUGGAUUAGUUGUUGAUUCCUCAUAUAAAUUUUGCGAUCUGGCUGGAUCUGAACGUUUAAAUAAAACGCGUAACAUUGGCUCCCGUCUCACAGAAGCUAAAGGUAUCAACACGUCACUUAUGACACUUGGCCGUUGUCUGGAUGCUGCUAAUAACAAUAAAAAAUUUAAGUCCAAGGGUCAAAUAAUUCCGGUACGAGAGUCAAAACUUACGAUGCUUUUGCAGGCGGCUUUGCUCGGUAAAGAAAAGCUAACAAUGAUCGUGAACGUUACACCAACGGACUGUUUUUAUGAAGAAAAUAUGAAUGUUUUGCGAUUUUCUGCAAUAGCGAAGAACAUUAUCUUUAAACAGCCUACGAAGCCUGUGAACAAAUCACGUUAUUCUUUUGUAGUGGAAAAGGCUAAAUCUGCAGCCGAAGAAAAUAUCUUCCUACGCAGUGAGCUGGAGCGGAAAGAUGCUGAAAUACGUUUAAUGUUAAUCGAACAAGAGCGACAAUUGCGAAAGGAUUUGGUUGAAUCGUUUGAGAAGAAAUUGACUGAAAAAGAAAGGGAUUACCAACUAUCUUUGAAGCGAGAGACAGAAUUACUGCAACGCAUGUUUGACUUAAAGCUUGCAACCUUGACACGAAAAUAUGAGAAUCAAAUAGAAGACCUGCGUGAACAAUACGAAGAAGAAGUAGAAAAGAAACGACGUCUAACGGAGUAGUAUGCAAACAAUGCAUGUUAGAUAUAUUUUGUAUAGUUUUUAUAAAAAUUUGUUGUUAGUUCCCAACAUUUCAUAUGUAUAUGUAUUCGUUUAUACGUCGCGAAUACCAAUUACUAAUUUAUCUUAUUCUCUGUUAAAAAUACAACAUUUUUCUCCAAUACAGUA